ACAAAUACGUGCAGAAGAUACAAGCAUGAUCAUCAAUUGGUUGUAAAAAAAAAUAUGCACUUUCCUCUCUUCGAUGGAACUGUUCAGGACGUCUUAGUGGGAAUCCUCAAUGUGAAGAUGUUUGGAAGUGGCACUAAAAAGUGGUUUAUCAAGACGAAUAAAAGACAGAGGACUAAAGGAAGAAAGCCUGUCAACAGGAAGAGAAAGAAAUGGGUGGCUAAGGUCCUGAAGCAGCACAGGGAAAUGAUCCUGAAGGAACUUGAAGUCAACAAGGUGCUGCCGUACCUGGUGUACGACAAAGUGUUUUCUCUCGAGGAAUACAAAGAGAUACUGGGUCAAGAGUCCAGAGAGAAACGAGCCGAGCUCUUCCUGGAUCAGCUGUCUCUGAAGAGCCCGUGUGCGUUCAACGCCUUCUGCUCCGUGCUGGAGGAAGUGUGUCCUCACCUGCUCACCUGCUUCCUGUUGGACUGUGAAGAUGGCUCAGCUGGAGGAAACAAGAAGCAAGGACAAACUAAACCAACGCACAGCCAAGAGAACACGCUGUCCAUCGAACGAGACACCGUUCUACCUAUGUACACAGACCCACUUUUUGACACGAGACCAAAGAAGAAGUGCUCUCCUAACUUGUCCUAUUUCAUGGACGCGCUCUCCACAUCACAUGGAGCUGCCGCCAUGGGCUUGGGGAAGCAAGGUCCUUGA